GCUGUAGAUUGUGUUUUAUGCUGUUAGGGACGGGAAACACUCAGAUCUUCGCCAUAAUAUAUGUCAGUACAUUUCACCAUCUCACAUAGGCGGGAAAAUGAAGUGGUUUUCUAACAGAAUCUACAGUUUCUAAAAUCAGACUGACAUGGUUAAACCUCUGUUCUCAAAGCGGACGAUGGAUGGGCUGCUUUUGUUAACGCUUGCCCUUCUGCAACUUGAAACGAGACAAGUUAUGGCCGGCUGGUACUUGGGAUGUUACAAAGAAAAUAUUGCAAACCGCGCAAUCAACAUUUCGGCCGGAAACUACAUCGUGUCGGACACUUCCGCUCAAGAGUGUACCUCCUCUUGCGCAUUUUUAAACCAGUCAUAUGCGGCCACUGAAGGGAACCUGUGUUUUUGUAGCAACGGUAAUUAUGACGUGUAUGGCAAAGCCACUAAUGACAGCCAGUGUGACGUCACAUGUUCAGCCCAAUCAUGCGAUAGUACGUCAUACGUGCGAGUGUAUUCAACCCGAGGCGCAAUUGGUGAACUCAAACUUCACGGUCCAAAGGUUGGAUGGAUGUUUCGUGAAGUCAGUUUUUCGACCGUUCUUGGAAAAGGUGAUCUCAACAAUCUGUCCUACACUUUCGAUUUUGGUGACGGCUCCUACGUGUUGACCACGUGUCCUAAUGCCACACACGUGUACACGCGCGUGGGUGAGUUCCACGUGAAGGCGUCUGCGAGGUCAAACGAGUCAGGCCCGAUACUGGCGUCCACGUGGGUGUUAAUUCAAAAUCCAACGGGUAAACUAACUUUAGACUACCCCAAAGAGAUUCUUGAGGUGGGAAACGAGACUGAGAUUGUCUUGAGUGUCAGCCAAGGCACGUGGAUGACAGCUCUAUUGCAUACAACACACCAGGAAGAUGGGAAGAAUAGAAAGUCAUUGAACGUAUCGGACCCCAUAAUCCACGACAUAGGUUCGUCUGCAACAUUUGGAAAUUCCAGCAACUCCCCCGAAACGGACGGCGCAUACGUAAUCCCAUCUGCUAUGCUGAAGAAAGACGGUUUUGUACUAGCCUGGGAAUUCUUCGCCUCUAAACUGGGAUCCAUUCAGUUACAGGUUUACCGUCCCAACUGUUCCUCGCUCGACAGCUAUUUCUGCCCGAGAAAUUAUUCCUGUAUACCCAAGGCAGACUCCUGUGUCGACUCCAGUCUGUUCAGUUGUCCUGGGAACAAGAGCAUCUGCGUAGGAACUGGUCACUGUUUGUCUACUUGUCAAGGACCGAACAAAUCAUUUCUGGCCAUUUCGUCUCCUGUGACCGACUACGUCGUCGUAGCAGAAACUGUGGUGAACAUCACAAAACUCGGCAACAAUCUUUUCCCUCUUGCUUCCCAGAAAGCCAUCGAAGUGAAAGCUGGUGACGUCAUAGGAUGGGUUGGAAACGGCUCUUCUGGGACGCUGGCCUUUGAGAAAACUAUUAAUGACCCAUCGUUCUAUUUUCCCAGUUCAUCGUCCAGUUUUGCAGUAGGAAGCGAUUUGACAAAAGGUAGCGCCACUCGGCACGAAAUCAAACAUGUUCUGCGGGCUCAUGUUUCUCAGCCCUCACAAGCAGCGGUUGUUGUGGAAUAUACCCAAGCAGGAGUUUACAAUGUGUCGGUUUCUGUGGGAAAUGUGGCUGAAAGUGAACUGAGGAGUUGCAAAAUUACCGUGCAGGAGCGCAUCGAAAGUCUCCGCAUUGUAGAGCCCUUGACGAACAUAAGUUAUCCCAAAGGAGAACAAAUUAUCCUGACGAGCGCUGUGGACAAAGGAAGUGACAUAAACUAUACGUGGACCACAGACGGGGCAACGUACAACGUAAAAAACCCUAAAGUAUUUUACAACAAUACUGGUUUUUACCCAGUCUUGCUCUACGUCCACAAUGCAAUCAGUUCUGCAAACGCUUCUUCAGUAGUUAGGAUACUCGAACCAGCGUCAGUAGCUUGGAGGGAGAAACCGCCGACCAAGAUUGACGUUGGCGCACAAUUCAACUUUUCUGUGGUCCUGAAUGGAACAAACGUCACUUUGACUGUAGAAUUUGAAGACGGCUCUAAUUAUGAAAAGUUUUAUACUUCUGCCCUGAAUACUGUUGUGAACAUUACGCACAAUUAUACCAGACGUGGAGAAUACGAAAUUUCAAUCGAAGCCCGGAACAACAUAUCGUCUUCCGCAGCGCUUUUAAAUUUCUCACUGAAGGUUGUAAGCGAUCUUGGAGACAUCUCAAUACGGCUGUACCCGGCAGCAAAUGCCGACAAAGUUCUUCAUGUUUCUACCGGACAAGUUUUUGAAAUUGAGGUCUCCGUACCAAAUGAGCAAGAGGUGAACUACAUAUUUACAUAUGGCGAGUCGGCUUCUAAAUCUGUUCGUACCGAGAAGGGUUACACAAAAUGGUCCCACAAAUACGACACCCCGACUGACUUUAACAUCUCCAUAAAUGCAAGUGUCAGAGGAUAUUCUCAGAGGGAAUUUGUGCAUGUCAUAGCCAAGCUCUGUGGUGGACCAGCCAUAUAUUUUCCCAACGAGUAUACAGAAGAAGAUCCACAAAUUGUUACCCGAGGCACUACCAUCGACUUUUUAAAAGUUAAUGUGGAAAAGAAGAAGGAAUGUUCGAAGGGUGAGCCUGUUUAUUCAUGGGACAUUACUCCAUCACAAGCCAUUUCUGAGGCUGAAAAGAAGAAAGAAUCUUUCGUGUUUGAAGCCAGAAGCCUAGACACUGGAAACUAUACUAUCACAUUGAACGUAAGCUACAAUGGUGAAAAAUAUCCGUUCAAAACAUUCAUUCGGGUGGUGAGCUCACCGCUUGUAGCAUAUCUAUCCGGCGGCAGCUUUCGACAAGUAGAUUCGAAUUUAACUCAGCUGACAUUGAAUGCCUCUCAGUCUUUCGACCCGGAUGAUAAAGAUACCAAGUUAAAUUUCAAAUGGCAGUGUAAAGUCGAGAAUAACUCUUCACCAGCAGUUCCAGAUGAACUUUGCAAUUCAACAGAGUUCGUGGACGUAAUUGACCAAGAAAGUAACGAAACCAUAAAAUUACGUACAAACAAGUUUCGGACGAAUGUGAAAUACACUUUCCAGGUGAACGUAACCGAGAAAGCAAGUUCACGUUCAUCCUCUGCACAACAAAUAGUGAUGCUGGAGCCCAAUAUCCCACAACUGGAAAUAAGCUGCCGCGAUUGUCAAGAAAAGCUAAACCCUUCCGAACGUAUCACCCUUGUGGGAAAAUGCACAAACUGCAAUAGCUACGAGCGACUUGAUAAAACAACUUGGAAAUUACUGUACAAAGAUCGUAGUGAACAUGAACUAUCAGGAAACAACAAUGUAACAGACUCUGGUCUGGGAUGGAAUAACAUUAACCUGGUUUUGAAGGAAGGUUCUUUGGAAGAAAACACAGAAUACAUUGCACAGCUUAACGGCAGCCGCGCUGAAAAAAGCGCUCUCGCAGAGUAUACCUUUCAGACAACUUCCCAACCCGGCGGAGGAUCUGCGAAGUGCAAAGUUUUUCCACAAGAGGGUUUUGCGGCGGAAACCCCGUUCAGGAUCAAGUGUGAAAACUGGGUAACCAUAGACAACCCAAUCUCGUACGAGUUUCGUUACAAAACCAAGAUAGACAACUUAGCUCAGAUUAAUUCAAUAUCGUCGGAGUCACAGGCAAAUCAGGUUUGGUACUUUGGGGAGAGAUCUACUCCACGGAGUGUGUUACCUAUCGGAGAUCCAAAGAAUGGUUUCCAACUCCAGCUAUCUGCACGUAUUUGCAACAAGUAUCAAUGUUGUGCCAUUCGUUCACUAAACGCCACGGUGAAAGAACCGACGGGACAAAUAGAUAAAGUUAUUCAACAACUGGAGGAAGUGGAUGCCAAGAAAGACCCCAAAAAGGUCGUCCAGGUGGUGAACUCUCUGAUAUCCAUCAUAGAUCAAGGCAACAAGUCGGAAACUACAAAUAAAGGACAGCAAACUAAGGAAAAAUCAAAGCUGGUCACUAAACUUUCGGAAAUCGACAUAACGGAUACAUCACUGGCUCAACAGACCAUUGGUGCUUUGAUAAAAGUCACCAAAGACAAAACGGAAGUGACGUCAAAUACUCAAAACCAAGCAGCAGGAAUUGCAAAAGGAGCAGCCUCUGUCUUAAAGGAAUCUGCCAAAAAUCUGGGCGCAGUGAAGGUUGAAGAAAUAGCACGAGAGAUUUACACGGCGUCCUCAAACACGUUAGAAGCCAGCAAAGAAACUACAGCUGAUUACACUGCUCAGCUUCUCAAGGAUAUCUUCCCAACUACUGCUCCUCCAUCACGUGACUGGUCGGUUAGAAUUAGUUCUCUCAGAAAUCAAGAGGAAGCCGAUAAAUCGAAGGAAGUGGUGGAUACGAUCUUGUCGGCAAUGGACCUGGUCAGCGGUGCAAUUCUUAGAAAGAGAGUUCCCGAACAGGGAGAAACAGAAAUUAAAACACAUGCGUUCGAUAUUCGAUUGAGGCGUUUGCGUAAACAAUCAUUUAACAAUUCUGCAUACAAGGUCGAGACGUCUAAGCAGCUGCUAGUUAGCCUUCCGAAUCCCGAUGUCGUCCUUAAAGAUGCAAAUGACAAAGACCCUGUUGACUUAGAGUAUACCUCAAUGGAAAACAUUUUCCGAUCCGACGAAACGAGCUCACCGUAUAUUACUAAGAUACAAGGUUUCGCCCUAAAGCAAGGAAAGCGAGAGAUCAAAAUACAAAAUCUCACCGAUGAUCUUAAAGUCAACAUACUCACCGAUUUGAAAAGCGUGUCUAGCCGCUUCAGCGAACAGUUCUCAGCCAACACGGAAAAAAGUCAUCGUUUCCAGUUUCCACCCGGUCAACCGUACACGCCACUGCUAGUUUACGUUAAAUCGGACGACAACACAACCUUAACUGGCCUGCUUCAUAUCACUUUUGAAGGAAGAACGUCUAGCAAGUACAGGCUUCGAUUCUCUCCCACGUUCCCUGAUGAGGACGUCUCUGCAACUUUUCAGAAAGUCGACAACUUUACUUACAUGGCCUGGGGACUACCUCAAAGACCUGUCUAUUUCAACUUGACUGUCAAGGUACCUGGGCUGCUUGCAGAAGAAAAACCACGUGUUGUGAAUUACACAGUGGCCAUUUAUCCUGUGCGAUGUAUGUAUUGGGGUAUGGAGGAAAAGAAAUGGCUCGAUGAGGGAUGCAAGGUUGGUGAGGAGACUUCAAUCGCUGCCACAAACUGCCUGUGUAACCACGCCACUUUUUUUGGUUCCCUGAACGUAAAACCUAACCCUAUUGGUCCUCUGUCAUACGCCAAACUUAAAGAUGGGUAUGCCAUGCUGGUGUUUGUCAGCAUCAUCUUCGCGCUGUAUUUCCUAGCCCUUAUUUGGGCAAGAAGGAAAGACAGAGCUGAUGUCGUUAGGGUUGGUGUCUGUCCACUACGGGAUAAUGAGCCCUCAGACCCGUACCGUUACGAGGUGACUCUAUGGACGGGCAUGCGCCGUAAUGCUGGCACUAAAUCCAAAGUCAGCAUUAUACUGUACGGUGACGAACAGGACAGUGAGGCGCGCGCUUUGCAUGAUCCUGAGAGAAACCCUUUUCAACGUGGUAGCCAGGACUCGUUUCUUCUGACCACGCCCUUUGACUUAGGCUCCAUUCAUUACAUCCGGGUGUGGCACGAUAACGCAGCUGGCUCGUGGUUUCUGAGUCGAAUUAUGGUGAUUGAUCUACAAACAGAGGAGAGAUUUUACUUCAUCUGUAACAGGUGGCUGGCUGUGGAUGAGGAAGAUGGCCAGGUUGAACGUCUCGUUAUGUUGGCCAGUAAAGCGGAGCUUACAGAGUUUGGUCAUCUAUUUGUUGCCAGAACGCGCCGUAACCUUAGCGACAGUCAUCUGUGGUUCUCAGUCCUCGCCCGUCCAGCCGGCAGUCGAUUCACGCGAGUACAGCGGUUGUCCUGUUGUCUGUGUCUUCUACUCAUGUCAAUGAUGACCAGUGGUAUGUACUACGGCCCACGAGGCGACCCCUCCAACACGCAGCAAAUUGGCUCCAUUGUUUUCACCUGGAAUCAGGUGCUGGUCGGGAUCAUUUCGAGUCUCAUAGUCUUCCCAAUUAACCUGAUAGUGGUGCAGAUCUUUCGCAAUGUCCGACCUAAACCAAAAGUCAAGCCGAAAAAGCCACCUCCCACCCCUUGUCUGCCGAAUCUUUCCUUUGAUAAGGACAGCCUGGACAAUUACAAUAACCUGAAAGAAUCGUCGGACGACUCUGCUAAGGGAUCGAGAAACAGUCUAGAUUUCUCACGAGAAAAGAACAACAAGACUCGGUUGUCAAUUAAUGAUGUGCAUACUGACGUGGACCGCACAAGUUUUACCGACAGCCCACUGCUGAUUGAUCGUAGGCUCAGUACCACAUACGACAUCGCUCCUACGUCCCGUGCACGCCGCUUACUGUUGUGGUUCAAGAAGAAAAACACGUUGCCUUUUUACUUCGUUUACGUGGCAUGGUUUUUUGUCUUCAUCUUCUCAGCUGGGUCAGCCGCUGUAAUUGUAUUUUACGGCAUGGAGUUUAAAAACGAAAAGUCCUUGCAGUGGUUAUUUUCGUCCUGUGUGUCUUUUGUUCAAGAUGUGUUCAUCACUCAACCCCUCAAGGUGCUCGGUUUGGCGGUAUUCUUUGCUCUGGUCGUUAAAAAGCCAGACAAAGGUGAAUUUCAGGUAACUGAAGAGGUGCUCAAACUCGCCGAGGAUGAAGAAUUUCUCGGCCAACAAUCGGACCUCAACUCAGGAGGAUCAAAGACAAAGAAAGCGAAGCUUUUCCCUCCAGACCAAGCAAGACUGAUUGCUAUGAGAGCAGCGAGAAUGAAGGAACGAAAGAUGUAUUCUGUCAUUCGCGAGGUCGCCACUUACUACAUAUUUCUCGCCCUGUUGCUAACGAUCGCUUACACGCACAGAGACAAAUCAGCUUACUUCCAGACGAAACACCUUUUCGAUAUUAUGGGAGAUAACUUUUCCAAAAUAACAAAUGAAAAAGAGUUUUGGAAUUGGACUCAAAGUGAGCUCUUGACGAGCUUGUUCCCCAAGAAAUGGUACAACGGCGAAGAACGAAAACCCGAUGGGUUCAUGGUGGAUGGCUACAGUCAGAUGGUGGGCGGGGCAAGGAUGAGACUCCUCAGAGUAAAAAGAGAAUCCUGCCGGGUUCCAACCGAGUUGUAUGGCAUCACAAAAGAAUGCUACGGAGAAUAUUUUGUGACCAAGAACGACAAGAAUGAUUACACAGAGGGAUGGGAGAACAUAACUACAUACGACACUCCAGUGUCUUGGGAUGACAUGCCGUGGAGAUAUCAAAACAGCAGUCAGCUUGAUGGAUACCCCUUCUUGGGCACUCUGACCACUUACAGUGGAGGAGGGUACGUAAUUGUUCUUGAACCUGGGUUGGAGAACUUCAGACGUGUCAGAGUCCUUGAGAAAAAUAUGUGGAUCGAGCGGCGCACACGGGCUGUGCUGACUGAAUUCACAAUAUACAAUGCACAGAGUAACCUGUUUUCUAUUGUUACUCUGGCGGCAGAAUAUCCCGCCACUGGCGCGGCUAUUCCCUAUGUUAGCAUCCAGACUGCGCGCCUGUACGACUUCACCAAGACCAUCAUGUUCUUUGUAUUAACGAUCGAGGUCGUGUUUGUGUUGUUCACGUUGUUUUUCUUUUAUCGUGAAGUGAAACAUAUUUACAAACUUGGAAUCCAGGCUUACCUGAAAGAGUUUUGGAACUGUGUGGAGAUGGGGAUCAGUUUGUUUACCUUCGCUGCCAUAGCGAUGUAUGUUUAUCGCACGCUCACCAUUAGAAAUGUGUUGGAUUUAGUGCGACACGACCCUUUCAACUUCAAGAGCUUUCAGUUCGCAGGGUAUUGGAACGAGACGUACACGUUUGUCCUGGCUAUGAUCGUUCUCCUAGCAAACAUUAAACUGAACAAGCUCCUCCGGUUUAACAAGCGGUUCUCGCUCCUGUCCUCCACACUUAAGUACGCGUACUACCCACUGCUGAUGUUCAGCAUUAUCUGGGGCAUCGUCUUUCUCGCUUACACGAUGUUCGCGUCGUUAGUGUUCGGACCCGUUCUGUACAACUACCGCAGCAUCAUGGCCUCGCUGACGUCUCUGUUAAGCCUUAUGCUGGGAAGGACUGCCUUCUUUGAGAUGCGUGACACCAAUCGCGUCCUCGGUCCUCUUUUUUUCUUCGGUUUUAUGUUCAUGAUGUCGUUUGUGCUCAUCAACAUGUUCCUUUCCAUCGUGGUGGACUCGUUCAUCGUCGUCAAGCACGACAAUGACAAGCAAUCGAACGAGUAUGAAAUCGUCGACUUCAUCAUCGAGCGCUUUAAGCUGUGGUCGGGAAUCGGAAAGACUCGGAGACCACAGAGUCGAGGCAAGGUCCUUUGGGAGACGGCUACGUCUCGUGUCAAAGCCGUCAACGUGCUUACCAAGAGCCACCUAACCUCAGAUGUCGCAGGUCUGCACGAAGAUUCAGUUUCAAAGCUGGAGAACCGACUUGAAAAACUUAUUGAUCGAACUGAAGAGUUGUAUGGGGAGAUUUUCCCUGAGAAGAAAUACAAAAACUCAGGGAAGACACGGGGAAGGGUUGAAAAAGGAGAAGUGCCUGUUUCUAAGGGGGAUAUACUUGAGGGGCAAACUGGCUGACAGAGAAAACACAAAGUGGUCUCCAAGGGUGGUGUUUGUAAAAUAUCUCUUUAAGAUGAAGCGUAGUUUGAUCGUUACUAAAAAUGGACAAAGAUUUUAAAUUCCUCUACAAAGUCUUUUAAUACCGACGUACUUGAAUAAUCAGAUGAAAUCAUCUUUAAAAAUCGUGGUCUUAUGAUGACUUCUUAUGAGAUUCAAGGUCUUUUUUAACGCAUUAAAUCAGCCCACAUGUUCUCAAACCUUUGCUUUUAAAUCAAAAGAUCGACCAGUUUGAAAUAAAGUACAGUACUCAAACAGAUUGCAUAAUCUCGGCAGUAAAGAUAGUUAAGAACGGAUGAAACAACUUAAGAUCUCACUGCAGGAAGAUUUAAGAUAUUUAAAUUCUAAGAAUAGCGUUUCAAAGUACUUCAAAUAAAUCCUCGGCUAAAAAAUAGUUUAGAUCAAUGCCGAGGACUUUUUGAUUAUCGAAGGUAAUCUAGGAUUGCACUAGUUUUCCUUCUUUUCCAUCUGCUGAGGCCUGCUAACUAUGCGUUUUGAAUGCCUCGAUUGGCCAAUCGAUUUAGCUAUAGCAUGGUUUAUACUUUCGGAAAACCAAUGACCCUUAAAUUGUAUACAAAUUGUAUACAAAUUGCCGUACGUGUAGAGUGGUCAGUUGCUAGUGCUCUUUGUAUAUAAUUGAGAGGUUUUCAUCAGUGUUUUGAUUUAGAAUAUACUGUCGCGAAAAGUGCAACGCGAAGUUAAGAUUAGAUACCAGAAUAUAAAGAAACCAUUUUCGUGGAAUUUCCAACCACUUUACUUAAUUAAAUACCAGUCACUGCAGCCCACAACGACACAGCGCUUUACGCAUCUCAAAAUUCAAAACGAUUCUACACCUUAUUUAAUUGUUUUCCAUUACAAUUUCAACCUUCUGUUUUUACAAGUUAUUUGUAAUAAUUAAUUUUAUUCUACAUGUUAAAAUGUGAUUUUCCAUUAAAAACAGUUGAUUGACAACGUUC